UUGUCUCAGGCCCUUGUGGAGAUUACAGGAUCCUAAAGGCAACAAGACUCCUCUUGCCCCCGGUAGCUGCCUUUCCAGAGGAGGCCGCCAGGGGACUCCGGAAGGAACAUGAGGUUCCCUUGGAGAUCAUUUAAGAGGAAGAUGGAAGGAACCAUUUGAAAUUGAGUAAAACUACAGGCUGCAAGACUGGGGCCUGAGGGCUGGCAGUGGAAAACUCUAUUGGGCUGUGAUCUCUCACUGAAAAGUCCCAAGUGCCUUUUUGCUUCCUGCCAAAGGAAGGAAGACAAGGAGGAGACCAUGUCCAUAGCCCUGAAGCAAGUGUUCAACAAGGACAAGACCUUCCGGCCCAAGAGGAAAUUUGAACCUGGCACACAGAGGUUUGAGCUGCAUAAACGAGCUCAGGCAUCCCUCAAUUCAGGUGUGGACCUGAGAGCAGCUGUGCAGUUACCCAGUGGGGAGGACCAGAAUGACUGGGUGGCUGUGCACGUAGUGGACUUCUUCAAUCGAAUCAACCUCAUCUAUGGCACCAUCUGUGAGUUCUGCACUGAGCGGACCUGCCCGGUGAUGUCAGGGGGUCCCAAGUAUGAGUAUCGGUGGCAGGAUGACCUUAAGUAUAAGAAACCAACUGCACUGCCAGCUCCCCAGUACAUGAACCUGCUUAUGGAUUGGAUUGAAGUCCAGAUCAACAAUGAGGACAUAUUUCCAACAUGUGUUGGCGUUCCCUUCCCAAAGAACUUCCUUCAGAUCUGCAAGAAGAUCCUGUGCCGUCUUUUCCGAGUCUUCGUCCAUGUCUACAUUCACCACUUUGACCGGGUCAUUGUGAUGGGUGCAGAGGCUCAUGUCAACACCUGCUACAAACACUUCUAUUACUUUGUCACAGAGAUGAACCUCAUAGACCGCAAGGAGCUGGAGCCCUUGAAAGAGAUGACAACCAGGAUGUGCCACUAGCAUUCCACCUCAUUUCCCGGAAGAAAGGAGCACUGUUUCUCCCAGGAGUCCCCACGGGACAGGAAGUGGCCCUCCCUGGCUGAAAUGGUCCCUACUUCCAGGACUGGAAAGCUGGAGCCCCACAAGGACUUCUGAAAGAUGUCUCCUACCCACUUCGUGCGCUCUUAACCCUCUAAGUGCUGCUAGCCAGGGCCUGUAAGCCAGGCAGACCACAGCUUGAAGGACCAGCCUUGACCCCUGUGGCUGAAGACAGUGCAGGACAGGCCUCUGCACUUCCACUCAUGUCAUACCUGUGCCUGCCACCUGACACCUAGGCUUUACUGGAAUUCAGGUUUUGAGACUGAGAGGUUUUCGUUAUUGUUCUUUUCCACUUAUGUCUUACCAGACUUCUUGACUAAUUUCUCUAUCAUUUAUUUUUCUAAGUUCCAAUCAAAUUUGGGGGAUACCAUAUAAUACUAUUUUCCUAUCCCACAUCUCCAUGAGUCCCUGCAGUGUCUCUGGACCUGUGACUUAACCUUGUAUAUGACUUGGAGCUGGGAGGGGUCUGCAGUUCUCCUGGCAGCAUCCAUGCCGUUUCCUUCAUGGGGUGCAUGAUGUGUACCCCAGACAGGCCAUUAUUCACUUGCUCACCAUUGGAAAGAGUCUGGGGACCAGAAA